AUAGGCGUGAGCUUUAGUGUCGCAAUAUUUGUAAUUGUGUGACAACAAUCUGACAUUGAAUAUUUAGCGGCGGCUGUUUCAAAGAUCAUUCCCCAGUCAGUUUGGAAAGGAAAACAAACACCUUUUGUCGAAAUUCUUCAAAACUGAGACAAGAAUGGCUCAUAAGGACAUAUCAACCCUGAUAAGUGAUCUAGAUACUGACAUUACUGGAGAAAUUAGCACUUCUUUAGCGACAGAUUUUUCGGUUUCCGCUGGCGAUGAAACGGACGAGAAUCGCCAGCGUAAAUCCAGGCAUUCCGACCGGAGACAACCCGGGAAGAUCACUCGUCAGCUCAUCGAAAGGAAGCAGCUGCUACACGACUUGCAAUUGGUGAAAAUUGAAUUGUCGCAGAAGAAUUUGAUCAUCGACAAUUUGAAUGCUGAACAUUUGGCAAGCGUCGAAGAGCUCGAAGAAAGAUUAGGCGACGCAUCUCAUACAAAGCAGAUUUUGCAGGCCAGGCUUGAAGCGCAGCUGAAUGUAAACAAAGAAGAGGCACGACAUUUACAACAGAAGCUCCACGCUGAUCUUCACACAAUCACAGAGAAACAGCACCAUCUGGAGGCCACAAAUGCAGAGUUGCAGCGACGAGCUGGAGAUGUGAGAAGGGUAUUGCAUAACUUAGAUCUGUCAGAUGAGCAGUAUGGGGCAUUGAAAGAAAUGAGAGAAGAAGUCCUAACUCUAAGGGAUGUCAUAGCAGUAAAAUUCUAUGAAGAGAAGCACCCACUGCUCCUGAAGCUGACUGAUCUUGAAGGAUGGAAGCAGAUGUUAGAAACAGAGCUUAAGAGGAGUAGAGAGGAACAAUUUAGAUUACAUGAGGCACUAGAGAAGGAACAACGGUUGAAAAGUGACGCUGAAGGAAAAGGUCAAAAGCUGACCAUUGACCUUGCCAAUUUGAAGUCAACACAAAAUCAAAACGACUACAAGCGAGAAAACUACAACAGAAUCAAGAGUGAGAGAGAUGAUUUUGAACACCAGCUAGAUGAUAUCCAGAAGCAACAUACCUAUCUCAAUGUCACCUUCAAAGGAGUGGUUGAAGAACGAGAUCAACUUGUCAAAGAGCUUGCUGAUAGGAAACAAGAGUUACUCCUUCUUACCCAAGACAAUGGCUACUUCUCCAAGCAGUCCAGUGAUGUCAGCAACAAGCUUGCUUAUGCAGAAGAACGUCUCCUGACUGUUCAAGCUGAUCUAGACCAUGCCAAGAGAUCUAGAGAAGAACUUUAUGAAAAGUACAUUGAAUCCAGGGAUGGAUGCAAGGUAGAGUAUGAGAACAAACUGAGAGAAGAGCUUGAAUCAAUCCGACUGAGAACAGAGACUGAGAUUGAUAAGCUGAAGAGCACCAUGCGAGAUACCUUUGAGAGAGAGAACAGGAGUCUGCGGGAGGCAAGAGGCAAUGCCAUCUUAGAAAAAGACAGAGCGUUAUCAUCAGCUCAGGAAGGCAAGACCAAGUAUGAGGAGCUCUUUGCAAAGUACAGGGAAUUACAAGCCACCUCUGAUGCCAGAGCUAUGGAGCUGAGUGGUGAAGCCAAACUAAAGAGCUUUGAAGCAGAGAGAUCCAAUAUGAUUCAGGAGGAGACACAACGUAAUCUUAAGCAAGCACAGGUGGACUGUGAUAAACUACAAAAGAAACUAGAGGUUCUGACCAAAGAAUAUUACACCUUGCAAUCUUCAGGAGAGAGAAGGGCAACUGAAUUAGAAGCACAACUAUCAGAAUUGAAAUCAAAACUAGAGACUUAUGAGAAACUAGAGAAAGAACUUGAUGAUGUAGUGAUGCAGGCUGCCGAGUAUGACCAAGGAGAUGAGGCAGAGAAGGUGCUGUUCUCAUAUGGUUAUGGAGCUAAUGUGCCUUCUACAGCAAAAAGGAGAUUACAGCACAGUGUCCAUCUGGCAAGGAGGGUUCUAAGCAUAGAGAGGAUGAAUACUUCUCUCAAAAGAGAUCUUGAGAGAGGAGAGACCAAGAUUCACCAACUAGGAGAGGAGCUCUCCAAUGCUACAAGUCUCUUGAACCAGGCCCAGCAGCCGUAUAAUUAUUUGAUUGACAGUAUCAAGUCUAAAGACCAACAGAUCAACAAGCAUAAAGAUCAUAUCAACACUGCCUCCGAAGACAUCAGGAGACUGAAAGAAGAACGUGAAACCCUGAUGAAGGAGAAGAAUCAGAUGGCUGCUGAUCUGGAGAGACUUCUCAAUCAGAAAGAGCAAAUGGCAGUGAUGAAACAAGUUGUGUUGACACUCAGCCAGCGUCACCAUGGUAACAAGGAAUCUCAUCAGAGUCCUGUUGUUCAUGAGAGAUUGAGUAGUGACCGCCAUCCUUUGUCCGACAAGAUGACCAUUGGACGUGAACCAGGUCAUCAGCCCAAGCCGACUGUCUUUACACAGAGCCAAGAUUCACAGUGGUACGAGAAGCUGAAAGAAUGCAACACAAACAGAGGAACUCACUACAGGAACACAUGGAAAGAAGGAACAUGAGAACACAACAUGAAUAGAGGAAGAUGUUAUAGGAACACAUGGAAAGAAGGAACGUGAGAAUACAACAUGAAUAGAGGAAGAUGCUAUAGGAACACAUGGAAAGAAGGAACGUGAGAAUACAACAUGAAUAGAGGAAGAUGCUAUAGGAACACAUGGAAAGAAGGAACGUGAGAAUACAACAUGAUAGAGGAAGAUGCUAUAGGAACACAUGGAAAGAAGGAACGUGAGAA